AUGUCGAGAUCUACAGAAGAAGACAUCGAUGCCGAGCAGCCACUGCCGUGCCUUCCUGAAGAACUCAUCCUCGAAAUUCUUCGCAGGUUGCCCCUCGAAUCUCUCUUAAAAUUCAGGUGUGUUCUUUGGAACCCAACUACCAAUGAAUAUAGAGUAAUACCAAGAUCGGAUACACUAUCAGCUGGAUUUCGAUCCGUGUCUUUUCCUGGGGCUGGAUACAUUAGCUUUGAAUAUGGGUUUGGUUAUGAUGCAUUAAGUCAAGAUUACAAGUAUGUACGAAUUGUGGGUCGUUCAAGUUCAACUCAGGGGAAUUCUGAAGUCGAUGUCUAUUCGUCGAAAUUAGAUUCUUGGAAACGUAUCCAGCAUAUCCCUUAUAUAAUUUCUAAUGGACAAAGUGUAUCAGCACCCGGGUUGUUCUAUAAUGGAGCUCUUCAUUGGAUUGCUAAAUCUUAUUUAGGAAACAGCCGCAAAGUUUUAAUUGCUCUGGAUAUUGGAAAUGAGAGUGUUCAAGAGAUCCCACAACCAGAAAAUUUGGAUGUUGGAAACUUUGGUGCUUAUACAUAUGUCAAUGUGUUGAAUAAGUGCCUAGGCAUGCUUUGCAGUAGUCAUAUGGAUGGUUAUGAAGUAUGGAUGAUGAAGGAUUAUGGAGUGAGAGAAUCUUGGACGAAACUUUAUAAAAUUCCCACACUCAUUAAUGUUAAGUCUGUUCAGUCAGUUCAGUACUUGAGGAAGAUGGAGUAUAUAAAAAACGGUGAGAUUCUACUAAGGAUUAAACAGCAUGAGGUUUCUAAUUUUGCUGGUGAGGAGGCUUUGGUGGUGUAUAACCCAAAGGAAAGAGCAACUAGGAUUCUUAAGCAUAGUAAGAAUGGUUUUUCAGGGGUGGAGACUUAUAUAAAGAACUUAGUUUCAGUCAACUCUGGUACAUAUGUGGGUUAUAUAGCGCAGGAGCAAAAAGAUAGGUGA